AUGACUGGUGGGGUGAGGACGCGGAGGAAGAACGAACCCGCCGGGUUGAGCAGCCGGGCUCCAGUUGCACCACAUUCCUCCGGCUCACACGUGGCCUCUGGCUUUUAUGUCAAGUUUUCAGACAAGAAAGAAAGGCUGAUGCAUCUCAAAACCAAACAGAGAGAAUUCCAAAAACAUGUUUUGAAGGCCAUGGAAGGGAAGGAGAUAACUGAUCAGCUGAGAUGGAAAAUAAUGUCUUGCAAGAUGAGGAUUGAGCAGCUGAAACAGACCAUUUGCAAAGAAAAUGAUGAAAUGACAAGACAUGCGGAGGGGCUUCUGAGAAUCAAAGAGGAGAACCAGAAGCAUUAUCGCAGAGCUCAGCGGCAUCAGGAGAAGAAAGAGAAGAUCCAGAAGCAUAACCACAAGCUGGGAGACUUGGUAGAGAAAAAAAUGUAUGACUUGAAAACCCAGUACGAGCAUCUGGCCAAUCUUCGUCGGACGCAUAUCCUGGAGCUAACAUCAGUCAUAUUUCCCAUUGAAGAAGUAAAGACAAGCAUGAGAGAUCCUGCAGAUGUGUCUUCUGAGAGUGACAAUGCUAUGACCUCUAGCACUGUGAGCAAGCUCGCGGAAGCCAGGAGAACCACAUAUCUCUCCGGGAGAUGGGUGUGUGAUGAUCAUAACGGGGACACCAGCAUCAGUAUCACAGGGCCUUGGAUAACCCUUCCUAAUAACGGAGACUAUUCAGCGUAUUACAACUGGGUGGAAGAGAAGAAGACUACACAAGGACCAGAUAUGGAACAUAAUAACCCUGCUUAUACCAUCAGCGCUGCAUUGUGCUAUGCAACUCAGCUUGUUAACACUUUGUCUCUCAUACUUGAUGUGAAUCUUCCCAAGAAGCUCUGCAACAGUGAGUUCUGUGGAGAGAAUCUCAGCAGACACAGGUUCACGCGGGCAGUGAAGAAGCUGAAUGCUAAUAUCCUUCACCUUUGCUUCUCUCAGCACGUAAAUUUAGAUCUGUUGCACCCACUGCAUACGCUCAGGAACCUUAUGUACCUGGUCAGCCCAGACACUGAGAACUUGGGCAGGUCUGGGCCUUUCGAAAUCAGCGCCGAUCUCGAAGACUCCAUGGAGUUCGUGGAUCCCAGUGCCACCGGAGAAACAGAUGAGAGUGGAGAUGAACACGUCAGCGAUGAAGAGACAGACCUUGGGACAGACUGGGAGAAUCUGCCGAGCCCCAGGUUCUGCGAUAUCCCCUCCCAGCCGGCGGAGAUGCUGCAGAGCCAGAGCACCCAGGUGUCUCAGCCCAUUGCCAGCAGCAGCGCCGGUGGAAUGAUCUCGUCCGCUGCCGCCUCGGUCACCUCGUGGUUGAAGGCGUACACUGGACAUCGCUAA